CCACAACAAAUCAUAUCACCAUCAAAACUGAGUGGACACCUAGCAGACCCAUCACACCUGUGACAUACCAAAGCCAAGCAAUGAUUUCAUUUCCUUCACAUCUUCUGGCUGUUCCACUGGGCCACUGCAGCACUCUAAACUGGGUAGCUGGUCAACACCUCUGCAGACACCACAUGGCCCAGGACAGGUACUUGACUUUCCGUUGUAAGAUGCAACACUUAGAUAUCUUUAUUUCUACAGAUCCUGUUUAACAAAGGUUAAAAAUGACAUUUUACAUCCAGAUUAUCCUAAAAUGAUGCAAAUGAUUUCAACAGUACAUCACAUUAAGAAUGAUCUCGCAAAGCUAUUUCCUCAUUUGACCUGCAAUAACAGCUGGAUUGGGAUGUAAAUCUUGACAUUUGUUGGUUCUUUGGUUUAGAGUCACACUUUCUGGGGUAUACAUCCAGGAUCAAUACUGCCAUCUGGUGGAUAUUUUGGGUAAUACAAGUGUCAGCUUGCAUUCUGAUCUAAUAAUAACUUGUGCUGAAGUUGUAUGUGAGCAACAAGCGUGUGACUCUGUCCAUAAAGGUGUCCAUAAAGGAAGGACAUUUAAUUUGAGUCGAAAUAUUUGACCUAAAAGGGAAACAAGGCUGGUUUAAAUCAUGAACGUUUUUACCUGACCUCUGCGUGGACCUCUGUGACUCACUACAGCUCCAGUGAAGGAACUUUCUGAACUUCCUGGUGGGCUCUCUUUAAGGUGCCAUGUCAAAGGAAUCAUUUCCGUUCACUGCUACCUCACUGCGCUCUCUGAGACUGGAGCAGGAGAUUCAGGAGUGGGAGGAUGCUCGGAGAGCUUUGGCUCACAGGAGAGCCAUGACCAGGGCCCCACUGCCCCGGGCCCCCAGGCCUCCUCCCAGGCAACAGCGGCUCCAAGAGGUCCGGGCCCCUCCAGCUCAGGUCCGGUGCAGAGACACAGCCAUCCACAACACCUUCAUGUGCGGGGACAUGAAAGGAGUGUAUGCGGUGCUGAAGGAUCCUGGGAUGGUCAACGCCCUGAUGGAGACGGUGCAUGAGGAAAUGGUGUGGGCUCCAGAGAUGGGCAUGUGGACGCUGAGCUCCAAGGUGAAGCAGUCUUCAGCGUUACGUCUGGCUGCCAGCAGAGGACACGCAGGAUGUGUGGAGGAACUGCUGUUUCGAGGGGCCGAGGUGAACGCCGACCCUGGAGGAAAAACGGCCCUCCAUGAGGCUUGUAUGGGCAGUCAUGCUGUCUGUGUCCAGCUGCUGCUUUCUCAUGGAGCAGAUCCUGAUAUGCUGGCUGAAGAUGGCAGUGCUCCUCUUCACCUCUGCACCUCCGCCCAGUCAUUCCAGUGUGCUGAGCUGCUAAUAGAAGGAGGUGCAGAAGUCAGUGUGAGGAUGAAGGAGUCGAGAGUCACACCUCUGCACGUGGCCGCCCGGCGAGGCCUUGAGGAGCAUGUGGAGCUCCUCCUCAGCCACGGAGCAGAUGUGUUAGCCACAAAUCAAGAAGGGGAGACCCCUCUGAACGCUGCCUGCUCAGGCGCUGAGAAGCCCUCUGAGGUCGGCCGCUAUUUACGUGUGGUUCAAAGGCUGCUGGGUGCAGGAGCUGAUCCCAGAACUGCUGGCAGGAAGCAGCACACCCCCCUGCACAAUGCCUGUGCAAACUGCAGCCCAAGGAUUGUAGACGUCCUCCUUCAGCAUGGAGCCAAGGCAGACGUCGCCAACUGUGCAGGAUACACACCAAUGGACUGUCUGAUACAGGUGGUUGAAGAUUACCCGGACCAGCAACCAGAAGCAAUAGCACGGUCACUUCUGAAUCAUGGAGCUCAGCCUGUUUCCCCAAAGAUGCUGAAGCAGUGUGUCCUGUCUCCUGCCACUCUGGAGGUCAUGCUGAACUCAUACAUAUCCAUCCCUGACUGUGAGUGGAUGGACUCUCUGUCCAAUGAGAUAUAUGAGGAGCACCAGUCGUUCUUCGACUUGGUGCGUCAGCAGAGCGGUCAGCCUCGCUCUCUGCAGCAUCUCUGUCGAUGUGCUUUACGCCUGUGCCUCGGAGCCCGAUGUUUCCCAGUGGUCAGUAAACUGGACAUUCCCAGCUCUGUGAGGGACUACCUGCUGCUGUGUACCAACUGGAUGCUCCAGUGAUGUCAUAAUGUACGGACAUUUUUAACAGUAUGGUGUCUCUUUGGAAACUAGAUUAAUUUUAGAGUACAAUAACCUGUUAAGUUAUUUUUUUUUUAAACUAACACUUGUUUUGUCAUCAUGAAAUACAUCAGAUUGAGUUUCUGUAAGAAAAUACAAAUAAAUAGAACUUUA